CUGACGGGUGAGCGCGCAGUUUGUAAACAAAGUUUGGAGUUCGCACGGAGAUUGGUUAUUUUGCCGCUCUUAAACAUUUUACAUAAGAAAUUGCACUUCUUCGAUCGUGACAGUCACCGCUGACACAUUCCGCGUUGGCAUGCUUUAGAAUAUAUAUAUUGUUCUCUUGAGUGGAAGUGUUAGCUGCGCGUAGCAUCGCUGGCUAACAUGCAGAGGCAGCAGCGGGUGCAGGCGGAGAACGGUCCGCGUCACGCGAGAGCAGUCGGGAAAUGCGUGUGCUAAACACUGCAGGGAGGUCUUUAUAUCGUAUACAGUCUCGAAUUCGGCGGAGUUGUUCCUUAGCGGUGCGGAGAGACCUGAGUCAGGACACGUCAGAGGAGGCAGACAUGAACCGGAGCCGGACUCAGAUCAAGCGAGUGCUCUGUGUGGCCGAGAAGAACGAUGCAGCUAAAGGAAUCUCAGAGAUCAUGUCCGGCGGCAGAGCCAGGAGGAGGGAAGGGCUGUCCAAGUUCAACAAACUCUACGAAUUUGAAUAUCAUCUCUUUGGCCAGAAUGUGAGCGUCACAAUGACGUCAGUGUCUGGACAUUUACUGGGUCUGGAAUUCAAGGCACCUUUUCAGAAAUGGCACAGCUGCAACCCUGUUCUGCUGUUUGACGCUGAGGUGGAGAAGUAUUGUCCAGAUAACAUGGUACCAAUAAAGCGAACCCUGGAGAAGGAGGUGCGUCAGUGCCAGGCUCUGAUCAUCUGGACUGACUGCGACCGAGAGGGUGAGAACAUCGGGUUUGAGGUCAUCGACGUCUGCAAAGCAGUGAAGUCGAACCUGCAAGUGUUCCGGGCCAAGUUCUCUGAGAUCACCCCAAACUCCAUCCGGAGAGCUUGUGAGACUCUGACAGAACCAGAUGUGAAUGUCAGCGAUGCGGUGGAUGUUCGGCAGGAGCUGGACCUGCGGAUCGGAGCGUCCUUCACUCGAUUCCAGACUCUCCGGCUGCAAAAGAUCUUCCCAGCAUCUCUGGCCAAUCAGCUGAUCUCGUACGGAAGCUGUCAGUUUCCCACUCUGGGUUUUGUGGUGGAGCGUUUCAAAGCAAUCCAGGCCUUCAUUCCUGAAACAUUCUACAAGAUCAAAGUCCUGCACGAGGUGGACGAGGACUGUGUGGAGUUUAGCUGGAAGAGAAAUCGCCUUUUUAACCACACUGCAUGUCUGGUGCUGUACCAAAUCUGCAUGGAGGAUCCCAGUGCAACAGUUGUGGCUGUCACCAGCAAGCCCAAGAGCAAGUGGAGGCCCCUGCCACUGGACACUGUGGAACUGGAGAAACUGGCUUCUCGUAAGCUAAAGAUCAGCGCCAAGGAGACCAUGAAGAUCGCAGAGAAGCUCUACACGCAGGGGUUCAUCAGUUACCCCCGUACAGAGACCAACAUCUUCCCCACCUCGCUGGCUCUCAGUCCCCUGGUGGAGGAGCAGAGGCAAAGCAGCAUUUGGGGCACGUUUGCCCAGCGGGUUCUUGAUCAGCCCGGGGGUCCCAAUCCUCGACAGGGCAAGAACUCGGACCAGGCCCAUCCCCCCAUACAUCCCACCAAGUUCACCAACUCACUGCAGGGGAACGAAGGGCGAGUGUAUGAGUUCAUCGUCCGUCACUUCCUGGCCUGUGUUUCCCAGGAUGCCUUGGGACAGGAGACAAUUGUGGACAUCGACAUUGCUCAGGAGAAGUUCUCAGCUUCAGGACUGAUGAUCAUCGCGAGGAACUACUUGGACGUGUACCCAUACGACAAGUGGAACACCAAGGUGAUUCCAGUGUAUCAGCUUCAUUCCCAGUUCCAGCCCUCUGCCAUCGAGAUGGUGGACGGACAGACGAGUCCGCCGCAGCUGCUCACCGAGGCUGACCUCAUUUCACUGAUGGAGAAACAUGGCAUCGGCACCGACGCCACACACGCCGAGCAUAUUGAGACCAUCAAGAGCCGCAUGUAUGUGGGGCUGACGGCCGACCAGAGGUUCCUGCCGGGAGAGCUCGGGAUGGGACUGGUGGAGGGCUACAACGCCAUGGGCUACGAGAUGUCCAAGCCGAACCUUCGGGCAGAGCUGGAGGCCGACCUCAAACUGGUGUCUGAAGGGAGGAAGGACAAACAAAGCGUCCUGCAGCAUCACAUCCAGAAAUACAAGUCUGUCUUCAUCGAGUCGGUCAGGAAGGCCAAGAAGUUGGACGAAGCGCUGACGCCGUAUCUGGGAGCAGCGGUGGAGGUCCCCGAGUCUCUGCAGCCAGACAUGGAGAUGCCUCUGCCGGUCAGAAAGUGUCCUCACUGUGGACGAGACAUGGUGCUGAAGAAGAAGAGGGAGGGAACCAGUAAGUACCUGUCGUGUGUGGGCUUCCCCGCCUGCAAGACCGCCGUCUGGUUCCCGGACACAGUUCUGGAGGUCAGCAGAGACGACAGCGUGUGCCCCACCUGUCGGCCGCAUCCUGUUCACAUGCUAAAGUUCAAGUUCCGCCGUGGAAGCCUUCCCGCCAUGAUGCCUCUGGAAUUUGUUGGCUGCAUCGGUGGCUGUGAUGAGACUCUGAGGGAAGUGCUGGACCUCAAGUACCUUCGGGCCGGAGGAGGCAGCGUCAGUGACGGGGGAGGACGAGGAAAUCACUCUCGGCCAAAUAACUCUGGGCCACCGCGACCCUCAACUGUCCCAGUGCGACCUCCUCAGCCUCGCCCUCCACCAGGGGGCAGCAGCUUCUCCGCAGACUCCAGCAACGACCCCAUCGUGUGUAACUGUGGGCAGGACGCGCUUCUGUUGACUGUACGGAAGGACGGACCCAACCAGGGCAGACAGUUCUACAAAUGCAACAGCGGAACCUGCAACUUCUUCCUGUGGGCCGGUGAGCCGAGUCAGCCGGGGGCACCACAGAGUCGGGGACCCACACUGCCUCAGCAGGGAGCUCCCCAGCCACCGAGGCCAUCUCUGGGCUUCAGGAACACACCUGGCUCCAGUAGAGGGCAGAACGGCGGAUCGGGAGACCAGACAAUGUGCAACUGCAACGAGGCAGCGGUCACUCGCACGGUGCAGAAGGACGGCCCCAACAAGGGCCGCAUGUUCCACACCUGCGGGAAACCCAGGGAGCAGCAGUGCGGCUUCUUCCAGUGGGCCGACGAGAACGUUCCACCAGCAGGCAAUUUCAGAGGCGGGUUCAACUCUGGCGAGGAGAGAGUGAAGAAGGGUAGGAGGACAAACGGAGGAACGCACAACCCCACCGCGGCGAAAAAACCCCGCAACUGUGGCAUCUGUCACUGUCCCGGGCACACGAGGGUUACCUGCCCUAAGCGAUGACCACGGCGCCCAGUUUUCAUUACUAUUCUGAAGAUCAAGGCUUUUUAUGUUGACCCAUGGUUCAUCUUUUAAAAUAAGGUCUCAAAUAAAAGAAUCUACUUUA